AUGUUUGCAAUGUCGAAAAUGCCAAAAGUUAAUAUCAAGCACUAUCGAAAAUCAUACUCAAUGGAAGGGAAACGAUCUGUAAAGGAUAUUUUAAACAAAGGGCCCGAGUUUGUUAAGGAUACCCAACUAGAUAUAUUUUUUGAACAACUGAACGAUGAAUUAUUUAAACCACUAGCUCAACUACAAAAAGAAGAAGACAAUAGUCGAUCUGUGUAUCAGUUUUUAGGGUUUGAAAGUAAUGGCUUAUUCGUUUCGAAACUACUUAAAUACUUCAACAAAUUGCAUGUAUUAGUUCUAGAUAAUCAGAAAAAGGUAACAACGGAUGAAUCUGAUUUAUUGCCCAUAUCAUUGCAUGAUAUGAGGUAUGUUGAUGCGUUAAUAAACCUCAUAGUGAUACAUGGGAUUGAUGCAAACAUCCCACUUGAUAUGAGGAUACCGAUGGAUUCCAAAAGAUUGACUCAAUUUAAAGAAGAUGACAAAAGAUAUGAAAUUCCAAAAGAUCAUAGGAUGAAUAUUCCUACUUUAAAAUCCGUAACAGAUUAUAUGUAUGGAAUACUAAUCCAUAGUAAGAAUGAUAACGAAACUGAAGCGGAUUAUUUGCGCUCUAUCAUUCUGAAAGGUUCGGCAUAUACAAACAUAUUUCUGGGAAUCUUGGUCCUUUUAUUUAUAGGUACAGUAAGUUAUGAGGAAAAGCUCGACUCUCUGGAAACAAUCCAAGAAACUUAUACUCUGUUUUCGAUGUAUACGCUCUUGACAGAGACUCUCAUUAAUAAAGAAGCAAAAGUAAAAGUUAUCGAUUUGCUCUCUACGCUAGUUAUUAGAAGGAAAGAAGAUGGUCUCUUGAGUUUGAUUGAUUUUAUCCUUGGUGUGAGAGAAAAUGAAGAUAUUGAUGCAGAAAAGUUGAGUCGAGUAAAUCAAAUUUUAUUGUCAAGACCCCCUAAAAGUAUUCCAAAUAAAAUAUAUUUGCAAAACCUAUUCGACCAAAUAUACGAUUCAUUGACAUAUGUUAAUAGACCGAUUGUUCUUAUGUGUGUUAACAAUGUUAUUAAAGAUUUUUUUUUAAGGAAUAGGCGAAUUGUGAGAGAUUUCUUGUUUAAAAGAAUAUACCAGAUUUUAUUCAAUAGCCCAAUAAAUAAUCACACCUCAAAGGAAUUAAAUGAUAUGAUUAAUGUAUUAAUAUCACUAUCAAAGAAUUCAUCAGUGGAUGUUGUUAAAGAUUUGGUUUGCGGUCUAGAUAAAGAUGGAUUUUUUUUGGCGCUAUGGAUGUAUGCAUUAUUCUUGAAAAAAAACCAAAAGGUUGAUCCAUUGAUUGCUAAUAAUUUGAAAAAAGAUAACUUUGGACCUUAUUAUGAGGUUAUUCUUUCACUUAUGAAAUCAUUUCUUUUUAUUUUGGAUGAAUAUGAUGCUUUAGAUUAUCUUUGCAUACAUCUGCUUAAUUCGGAUCAUGAAGAAUGGGAAUACCGAAUAAAUUUAGAAACACAGCUGGCAUAUAUCAAUGUGAAGAAUACCAAUAAUCUAAAUCUGAAUGAUCUUAAUAUCAGUUAUAAUUCAAUGUCUGGAGAAAAUAUGAAUAAGAUGUCGAAACUGUUUCAAGAUAUGGAUAUAUCUAUUGAUUUAUUUAUAGAGCUUUUGAAAUUAUUAGACAAUGAAGAAUGUAUUAAAGAUAAUUUUUUGAGUGUCCUGAAAAGAUGGGUUCAACAAACUUUCAACCUAGACAAUGGACAGAAGGAUUCUUUGGUAAACCUUCCAGAAGACGUUCAGACAAAAAAUAUUUUAAUAUUAACUGAUAUAAAGUUACUUGAGAAGAUGAACGAGAAUUUCAAGUCUGGGUUAAUUAGGAAUGUUUCGGACAUACUUGAAGUGAUUAAUGAUUUAUUAGAUCUACAUCUGAACAAUAUUGAAGGGAUGCAAAAAGAUGAUGAUGAUGAUGAUGAUGACGAUAAUUCUGACGAUGAUAGCGAUGAUGAAGAGGUCAGUGAACAGGAUGAUAAUAAUGAAAUGAAUGGGCAUAUGAAUACACUAGAUAUCAUAUUUGAGUUAUUGAAAACAAUUAUAGACCAAACGCCGCCCUCUGUUCUCCAAAAGAACAAAUCAUUAUUAUUGCAAAUAAAUGAAAAGAUUAAAAAGAAUAGGACAAUACCUCAAGAACUAAUUUCUUCAUCUUUAGCCACUGCUUUAAGGACUUCCGUCACAAAGCAAGACGAACAUACUGAAAGUUCACAGAAUGAAAUGGAUGAUAAUGAAAGGUUAGAUAAAGCACUUCGAAAUAUUGCAGAUCCCUUAGUUCCAAUCAAAGUACAUGGUUUGAUGGAAUUGCGUAAAUUUGUUGAAGACGGUUCUACCAUCAUUGCUACUGAUAGAGUCUUCAAAUUGCAUCUUCAAUAUUUAAGAAAUCCUGAUCCAUUUAUUUAUCUAAAUGUAAUUAAAGGUUUGUCAUCAUUAUGUGAAUGUCAACCUGAGAUGACCUUGGGAGUAUUAAUUGAAUUUUAUCAAGAUCUUAGACGUAGGAACAAAAUAGAUGAUAUUUUGAAAGUUGGUGAAGUGUUUAUAAAUUUUAUUCAAAGAGAGAACCAAUUAUUCCAAGGCAAGUAUGCUAAUAUGAUCAUCGAUGUUUGUUUAGAAAGAAUUCAAGGUCACUCAAAAGUUGACAAUAAGAUCCGUAUGUCAGCCAUGUCUAUUCUGGGUGUCUGUCUUCAAGUCAAUGCAAAGGGUGUGUCUACAAGGAUUAGUGAGAUGUUAGAUUGUGUAUUUGGUAUUUUACAAUUAGAAACAGAUGAAGCUGCUAAUGAUAAACAAAAUGACACAUUCAUUAUGAGAAGAAGCGCUAUACGUUUAAUAUAUGAUUUAUUUUACGAUUUUGAACCUUCUUUGUUACCAGAGAAAUAUAAUAUUGAACGAUUGUUAACGUUGUUAGAAUAUAUUAAGGAUAAAGAAAACGAUUACCUUGUAUGUGAACAAAUAGUUCAAGUGAUCAAGACAAUUAACGAGGUCAUGCCAGAAACUACGUUGGAGAAAUUGACGUUAUCUGAAUAA